AUGGCGGACAACAAUAGCGUCAUCUUUCCGCGCAAAUUGCUCAGGCGUUUCUUGACUAUGUAUCGGGAGCUGCCCUGCCUCUGGGAUAGAUCGUGCGCCGCUUACAAGCAGAAGCGGAAGAGGCACGAGGCGAUAUCAAAAUUGACUGAUCUGGUGCAGGAGCACGAUCCAGGGGCGACGCGCGUUCACGUUCUGCGGAAGAUCGAGAGCUUGCGGGCGUGCGUUCGCAGGGAGUACAAGCGAGUGCAAGACAGCCGUCGACGGGCGGCGAAUCCGGACGAGCUGUACACCCCGCACCUCUGGUACUACGACAUGUUGUCGUUUGUGUUCGGCGACGACGGCGCUAGUUACAAGCCGAAGGAGUGUUCACCGGAUCGCAACGAGGAAUCGGAUGAUUGCGCCAACGAUGUCAGCGAAGAGGAGGCGUCUCAUUUUGAGCCUCCAGUAGAGAGCUACGCGGAGUACAACGCUAAUAACAGUAUGAUAGACCUGCCUAGAAACUCCCCCAUGUCCAAGAGGUACCACUUUGAAGACGAAACAACAAAGUCCGGCAAACGGCUUUGCACCGAGAUCGAGGACGAAUACGACGCUAUUGGAAUCAACGUGGCAGCAAAACUGAGGAACCUCCAUCCCAACAUGAGGAUAGUGACGGAGAAGUUAAUAAACGACGUCCUUUACCAGGCGCAGAUGAACAGUCUCAACUCCUCAUCCGUCAUAUCCACGACGGACCCCUUCAAGCAAAUCAUCAUA